CCCGCGACAGAAACUGCGCGUACUUUCAUCCGGGAUGCGAAAGCCACGCCUCUGGGGCGCGCUGAUUGGCUACAAUGCCUUGCUUACCCGAGCUGAAGUAUGUAAGGACCCCGCUGCUGGGAAAGUCUCACUAUUCUACUCGCAGCCACGCAAAGAAGUUUAUCGUUUAUAAGUGCACCAAUGCCGAGGCAUGGCCCGGACAGCUAACCUCUCUCUAGUGGGUAUAAACAAAAUGCGGAGCGAUCUGAGUGACCCGCCGCAAGGCCGAAGGAAGGAAUUUCCAGCAGUUACAGCCAAACCGGGAUUCUAUAGCAAUAAUAAGCGCCGACCGAGCCGGGAAAUUUCUACUCAUUUCUGCUGGAGCGCCCUCGUCACUGACUGACACCGACACUUCCUAAGCAGGGAGAAGUGUAUUAUUAAGUAUGGAUCUGCACUACGUUGCUACUGUAUUGUCCACGAGAAGCCUUCUCUUUUACUGGAGCAAGGGGAUUGCAUUUGAGUUGGACAUGUGUAGAGCUAACCAGGAGUUGCAAACCUUUCGUGCUGAAAUUGGCAGAGAUAUCGUCAUCAUGACAAUGGCCACCAGAACCAAGCAAAUGUUGGUUUCAUUGGGCAAACAGGUCAUGUCCCAAAUGCACUGGAAAUGGCCUUCAGUUGACUGGAUGGGAAGAGCAGCCAGAGCAGUGAUGUGGAUAUGUCGGAGUGUGCUUGGAUCCCUGGUAGGAAUUGGUGGCCCAGUCACAAUGAGAUACUACUGGAAGGAUCUAAUGGAAUCACCUGCACAAAACCCCACUGCACAAGAGAAAAAAGUGAGUCCCACAUCUAUGCCAAUGCCUAUUCAGGACAUUGUGACUCUGGAUUGGAAUUGUGAUGGUCAGGGCUCAAUGGAAAUGAUGCCACACAAAGAAGCAAUUGUGUCCUCCUGUACAAACCCAAUUAUACUAUCUAUGGUUUAUCUGCCGUCUGAUGAUGAGGAUGCUUCAAGCACAUCAGAAGCGUCAGAUCUAAAUGAGCUGGAGGAAGAAUAUGAGCAGCUGUGGGAGGAUGAAGAGGAAUCCUUCUCUACUGAAAAUAAUAAAGCAAUUGACAGUGGCAUGCAAGUGCCCCAGACUCCCAGCUCUAAAGCCAACACUGAGGAGAGUGAUUGGUCUGAUGAGGACUCCUGGGACUCUGACAGUGAUACAGAGAGUAGCAAAUUGGAUGAAGAUCUGUGGGCAUCUUUCUGCCAAAAUGAUGAUCCAUACAAUCCUCUGUGUUUUGCCAUGCCCACAAAGAGCCCAAAAAAUACACAGGAAACAAAGAAGGCUGUUACUGGUAUGAAGGACUCUGCUACAGGGGGUAGUGUUACAUAUUCAGUGUUAUUGGGGGAGUCUGGAGCCGAGGCAAAAAAGGACUUUCAGAACCAAACUGCAGGUCAGAGAGAAUCUCCUUGUAUUAAACAGACAUCCCACAGCCAAGUACUGCACGAAGAAGCAAAUGAAGAAUUGCUUGAAUCGUCAAAAAAGACAGAGAAGCAGGAAAAAAGCCAUAUUAAGCAUGUACGUUUCUCACCUUCAGUCACGGUGCAUCACAUUGUGGUUUGGAGUUAUGCCCACAGAAUGGCCCGCAGAGGAAUAUGGGAGGAGUAUGCCCGGGAUCGCUGCCGUUUCCAGAGGCGCAUUGCUGAGACAGAAGCUGCCAUUGGAUUCUGCAUGGAGCCCCCGCACAGAAAGAAAAUCUGGGCUCGUCUCCAUGAAAGCAAUAAUGAGUAGAAAUAUAGCUGUAACUGCCCACUCUGUAUUGUAAUCGGGGUAUUACCAAUCUACCCACAGAUUUAUUUAUUUUUUUUACUUAUGUGGGCAGACUAUUUAAUUUGCCACUGCAUUUUUAUUACCGAUACUGCAUUAUUAAACAUUGUUUUAAACAUAUACAUAUUGUUAAAAAAAAAAGUUACUGUUUGGUUCCUGUAUUUAAAAUUGUCUCUCUUAAAAGGCACUUUAAAAUUCUGGCAUGGCCAAGUUAGGUAAUAGAGCCCUGAUAUUGAACACUAUGGAUGAACCUGUUCACAAAGCCACCUGGUUAUAGCUAGCAGUUCAUCUGAUUUGAAUUGGUAACCUUCUAACCUGCACCUUUCCUGAUGUUGUUGAAUUCCAAACCUCAGUAUCCCCCCAUCAGUGGGAUGCUGGGAGUUAUAGUGCAGCUAAAACAAAGUUGCUCUCUCUAGUACAGAUUUGCUCCUUUUACAGAUACUUUUUUUUUUUUUUCUUUUCCCCAAUCCCUUUAAUACUGACCACCUAUAAAAUGGCCAAAAACGAAAGUGUAGCAAUAUCUGUGCUGUAGUCCUAACCCUGCAGCAUGUCUUUUUUAUGGGAUUGAUCUGCCCAAAGCCCUACUAUGCUCUGAAUAUUCCCUAUCGCCAAUAUCUACCUCUCAUUACCCAGUGCAGAAAAGUGGCUUUUUUUAAUUUCUCUUUUUAUAAUCAUAUAUAUUUAUUGAGUUAAGCUUUGCUUGCCAAGUCCUGUUUUCAUUCUGUUAUGCUGUGAUAUUAAACACAGAUUAAAGUGUUAAAAAUUUAAA